AUGAUCAUGAGCUCGUAUUUGAUGGAGUCUAACUACAUUGAUCCGAAAUUUCCUCCAUGCGAGGAAUAUUCGCAAAAUAACUACAUCCCCGAGCAUAGUCCAGAAUAUUACAGCCGCGCGAGGGACACUGGCUACCAGCAUCACCACCAGGAGUUAUAUCCUCCGCGGGCGAGCUACCAAGAGCGCCAGUAUAACUGUGCAAGCAUCCCUGAACCUGACACGCCACGGGGACAUGGAAUACCCCAAUCUGCGCACCUGCUGACAGGGAAAGGGCAGCCUGCUUCAUGUGAAACCCCACAGUUGUCCAUGUCCCCCGCCACCCCACCGGCCGCCACCUCCGCCUGCAACCAAGCCACCCCGGAGCAUCCCAACAGCACAGCCUCCUCCAAGCAGCCCGUGGUGUACCCGUGGAUGAAGAAAAUUCACGUCAGCACUGGUAGGCAACUUGUGUGUUUAUGUUCCCUGCACUCCUCAUGCCCCUCUCUCCCUCUUUUUUCCCUCCCUUUAUCAGUCCCUCUGACUCCCAUCUCGUUGCCAGCCCCUGCUCCGAUAGCAGGGAAGCCUUUGAAAUGGCACAAUUGAGGCGGAUUUACGACUCGGCAUUGGUAAUUACACCCACCAUAAAUUUUAUAGCCGAGGUAUACUCAGGGCAGCCGUAUCACCAUGUGGCUUCUGCUGUUAUGUAUUGCGCGAUGGAGAGAGAGGGGGAGAAAUGAAUAAGAGAAAAAAAUUGAGCUUUGUAAUCUUGCAUUAAUAAUUUAGCUGAUAGUUGGAUGUGAGUGUCCUCUCAUUACGCGGAGAAGUUCUUAACUUCCCAUUUAAAUCCCUCAAACAGCCAAACAUUCAUAUCCAAUAAAUCUUUGCAGCCAUAUCUCAGUUGAGGCCAUUCUUGUUUACCCCUCCUUUCCUCCCUUCUCUGUCUCUCCACUUCUCCUCUUUCUAGUGAACUCGGCGUACAAUGGGACGGAGCCCAAGCGGUCUAGGACAGCUUACACCCGGCAGCAGGUCUUAGAAUUGGAGAAGGAAUUCCACUAUAACCGGUAUUUAACUCGGCGGAGGCGCAUCGAGAUCGCCCACACCCUGGUUCUCUCCGAGCGACAGAUUAAAAUCUGGUUUCAAAACCGCAGGAUGAAAUGGAAAAAGGAUCACAGGCUGCCGAACACCAAAGUGAGAUCAUCGUCCUCCUCCUCCUCCUCCGGCUCCAACACAGGCUCAGCAGCCGGCGCUGUAGCUGCUGCCUCGGCCACUAAUACAGGGGCCCCCGACGAACUGACCGGAGCGCAGCAUGGCGAGGAUAUUACCAGGUUAUAA